UUGUCUAUGUGCGCUUGGCUUCCCCUAGUGGUGACUUACUGGAAUCACCGGGCAAACGGAACAUUACUUUAGUUGGAAAAGAGUCCUUGAAGUGUACAGACGCUAAACAGCUCCUCUGCACUACACAACGUCAGGAACCCUUGAUGAAACAAAAUCUUCCACAGAUGAGGAAGCAUUCGCGCACCGCCGAGGACCGGGUGCCCAAAUGCAGCAAGAAAACGGCAGCAGGGGAGGCCAGUUGCCGCGCCGUUGAGGACCGGGCGCUCAAACGUAGGAAGAAAACUGUGGCGGGGGAGGCCAGUUGCCGCGCCGUCGAGGACCAGGCGCCCAAACGUAGGAAGAAAACUGCGGCGGGGGAGGCCAGUCGCCGCGCCGCUGAGGACCAGGUGCCCAAAUUCAGGAAGAAAGUUACAUUUGUGGAGACCGUUUACUUCAGCCUCGCCGCCGAGGCCCGGGCGCCCAAACGCAGGAAGAAAACUGCGGCAGGGGAUGCCAGUCACAGUGCCUCCAAGGACCGGGCGCCCAAAUGCAAGAAGAAAAUUAUAUUUUUGAAGACCAUUCACUGCGGCCGCGCCGCCGAGGCACGCGCGCCCAAACGCGGGAAGAAAACUGCGGCAGGAGAGGCCAGUCACAGUGCCGCCGAGGACCGGGCGCCCAAAUGCAGGAAGAAAGUUACAUUUGCGGAGAGCAUUCCCUGGUGGCGCGCCGCCGAUGCCCGGGCGCUCAAACGCAGGAAGAAAACGGCAGCAGUCAGUCGCCUCCAGUCCCGGGACACCUCCUCUGCAGGCGCCACACAGGAAGCGGUCAUCGAUAAUGAAGACGUUUCUGGCAUUUCUGGGUCGCUUCCUGUUCAAGCGUUUGAGGAGCGUCAAGGCGCGGCGGAGUCCAAGAAGUUGACGCCCGCCGAGGUCCAGCGCUUCCCCAUCAAGUACUUUGGCGGCGGCGGGAACACAGAGUGUCGGAUUUGCCUCUGCGACUACGAGCGUGGCGAGGGGCUGAGGAUGCUGCCGUGUCUGCACGACUACCACGCCGACUGCGUGGACCUGUGGCUGCAGGAGAACGCCACCUGCCCCAUCUGCAGAGUCAACCUGGGUGACUUUUGACCUCUUUUGUGGACGCCACCUUAUAUGUUCCAUUUUGUUGUUUGGUAAUAAAAAAAAUGAAUUUUGGAAUGGGCAUAUUUAUCAAAGUUGCACAUGCUCCUUUAUUUUGAUCAUUUGAUUCUUGUGAACCCAUUCCAUGGCACUUCUUCAAAUACAAUCAAAUAUUUAAUCAUAAAUUACAGUGGUAUGAAAAAGUAUCUGAACUUUUUGGAAUUUCUCACAUUUCUGCAUAAAAUGUGAUCUGAUC